CUGACUUUGCUUGAUCGGCACGUGGAGAGCGAACGAACGGCAGUCCGGCUGGCUGGGGCAGGUGGUGUCACAGAACGGAACAAGAUGGCUGGCUGGCGUGUGGAGCGAGUGCUGGGUGCACCGCGCUUCGUGCCCAAUCUGCUGCUGCGUGGCAUUUAUGCGACGGUGUUUGGGGUGCUUGAGCUCGCCUUUUGGAGCGCCAACCGCCUGGCAGGUCUCGUCAGUCGCUCGUCGAUUCCCAACGUAGACGCGGCCAUGGAUUGGUCCGAUUUGCAGACCCUGCGUUUGCCACUGUCACGGCCGUUCCUUGCUGCCGACGUGCUCACGAUCAACGGGCCACCAAGCCGCGACGGUCAGCUAACCCACGUCAUAUUUCCAGGCAAUCCAGCUCAUGACCAGGAGCUGUUCAACCUGCCCAGCUCUGACAGGCAACCUGCAAUAGGCACGACACCCCGCGGGCAGCAGCUGUAUCCCAUCCUUCGCUAUGGACGGCGUUGGGUUGUCCAGGUGGCUGAGCUUCUAGGUCGUUUGCCCACGGCCUGGCAGUGGACCCUCAGCCAAAAAGUCAUGGGACACGACGUUUGUACAGUUUUGCUACUACAUUCUUGCCAUGCUCGCGCUUGUUUGUUGCAUCGUCUCAUCGUCAAUCUGAUGCUGGCUGUCGCUCAUGAUACAAACGCAUCACAGACGGGUUUGGACAUGGUGGCCGCUGCGCUAUCGCUGAUGCCGGCCAAAGUUGGUGGCAACUGCUUGUACAUGGGCUACACCGAGAUGGAAGGGCUGCGUGACUUUGAUCUUAGCCUGACCAAACCUGUGGAGGAGAGUUUGACCUGGUAUUUUGCUCAAACGGAUGGCUGGGUGACGACCUCUCACGUGCAAGAUAUUGAGGAAGCCUGCCCUGCCAGCACCAUCAUGCACGACACCCUGGUUGGUCGCCUUGAAUGA